GGAGCCUCAGCCGGAGGGCAGCCCGAGCGGGCGCCUCGGUCCCCGCCCCCACUCGGCGGGGCAGUGCCCGGUGUUCCCCCGUGCGGGGGGCGGCGGCGGCGGCGGCUGAGCGGACCCCACGGGACCGCGCGGGUGUUGCCACCUCGGCCGAGGAGCCGGCGCGGCCGCGGGGCCCUGCGAGCUGGGCCCGGGGCCCGUGACAGACGGGCCGAGGAGGGGAGAGAGGCGGCGGCGGCGGCGGCGGCGACGGGGAGGCAGAGGCGGCGGCGACACCAUGUCAUCCCCCAGUCCCGGCAAGAGGCGGAUGGACACGGACGUAGUCAAGCUCAUUGAAAGCAAACAUGAGGUUACAAUCCUGGGAGGACUCAACGAAUUUGUUGUCAAGUUUUAUGGACCACAAGGAACACCAUAUGAAGGCGGAGUGUGGAAAGUUAGAGUGGAUCUUCCUGAUAAAUACCCUUUCAAAUCUCCAUCUAUAGGAUUCAUGAAUAAAAUUUUCCACCCCAACAUUGAUGAAGCGUCAGGAACUGUGUUUCUAGAUGUAAUUAAUCAAACUUGGACAGCUCUCUAUGAUCUUACCAAUAUAUUUGAGUCCUUGCCCCAGUUGUUGGCCUAUCCUAACCCCAUAGAUCCUCUCAAUGGUGAUGCUGCAGCCAUGUACCUCCACCGACCAGAAGAAUACAAGCAGAAAAUUAAAGAGUACAUCCAGAAGUAUGCAACGGAGGAGGCCCUGAAGGAGCAGGAAGAGGGCACUGGAGACAGCUCUUCGGAGAGUUCUAUGUCUGACUUUUCGGAAGAUGAGGCCCAGGACAUGGAGUUGUAGUAGAAAAGCAUCUGCUUUUCAGAAAGACUAUUAUUUCCUAACCAUGAGAAGCAGACUAUAGUAUUCAUAUUUAAACAAAGCAAUUUUUUUAUUACUAAACAAGGUUUUUAUGAAUAAUAGCAUAUAUAUCACCCUUCUUUGUGUGGAAACCUGAGCAGUAGGAGUAGCCAAUCCUAAGACCUUCUGAAGACAUUUGAAUGUCCCACUGGACUAACUUUUCUUUCCAUGUGUUUCUAGUGUAGAAGUGCUGUAUUCCACAGGGUUUAAGUCGGUGAGGUUGAGAGACACCUCUCUUUUUUAAUUCAGAAAGCACAAUCAGUUUUUCCUUUGAAAAUCUAUAUAAAGUACAACUUUUAGCAUGAUUAUUUUCCUAAAUAAAAAGACAAAUAAAUUACUUAUUUUAUGUUAAUUACGGGCAUGAAGCAAAAGGUUAUCUUUGGGGAAACUGCAGUUCUGUGGGGGGGCUGUGGUCAGUUCACUGCGCUGCCCCCUUGGGCACCCUGCCUGUUGGAAGGUGGCUUCAGCAGUUGUGAAUCGCUGUGUCGUGUAAUGCGGCCGUGCUUACCUGGCAUGCUGUCUUCUGUCGGGGGGAAGGAGGGUCUGCUGGUGCCUCCACAUUGCUUCCCCUGAGGACUAGCAGUUUGCUCAUGCUCUGACCUUUUCUGUAGGUGCUACUUAGGGUAGGCUUGAAGUGCUGGGUGGUGAUUGAGUUCAAACAAUAAAAAAUUGUAUUUUUUCAAUACUGUAUAAAAAUAGUAUUCUAAUUACCUUUCAAAAAAAAAAGAUCCUGAUAAUUGUGUUCAAUCUUGUUGAAAGAAAUACAAAACAAAACAAAAAUCCAACAAAGCAUCACAGAGUCAAGUUUAGAGAAUGGGUGUAAGCAGCUGCUGCUCCGACCCUCCCCAGAAUCCACCUUGCUGCAUUGAAGACACAUCACUCCCUCCCAUGCAGAGCAACAGCAGUACACAGCUGACCGUGCAGAAUGCCCAUGUGGAGCCUAGGGCUUGAGGCCGCAGGGCAGAAGGUCCAUCCGGGUGAAUGGUGAAUCACUGCGGUACUGACAGGUCAUGACUGCCCCCCAAAUCACUCUACCCUCAACUUCCUGGAGCCAGGUCUGGUUCUGUGCACGUUGCUGCUCUCUGGGCCUUGACUCUGCUAGGAAGUUGACUUCGCAAUCUUUCUGGCCCUUCCUUACUCCUUGGUGAGGUAGGACUAGAUGACCAUACCGUAUCCAUAGGUGCAAAGGACCAGAAAUAAAGCCUGGCUGUGACUCUGAGGGCUCCAGGUCUCCAUAGUAAAUAGGUGAGCUCUGCUGUUUGGGCACCGAAACCCUCUCUAGUUGGCUGUGGGCGUCCCUCCUGACUCCCAAGGGGGUGCUGAGCUCCUUUGGAGGCUGAGGACUCCUUGCCUUGGAGGGGGAACAGUAGGUCCGGGCUGUUGCUGGCAUUUGCCCACCCCUUGUACUAACCAUUUUGAGGGCCUACCGUGUGGUUUACCAGUGCAAGCCAUUCAGAUGACUGGAGUUCUUGCCAAACACCGACAAGCAAAGUGGCUGCUGCCUGGCAGCCCACACCUGCCGCGUCCCUCUGCCCCCGAAGCCCAGCACUGGGCCAGUGGGCUGUGUUCUGUGGUUGCCAACAUAGACCCUGGCACUUGACAUUUCUUGUCAGCAGUCUCCACCUUCCUCGAGAGUACUGUGCAGCUUCAACCAGCAUUUCCUACCAACGAGAGAGUUCUCAGAAGUUGCCACAUCUCUCCAGCACUAAUGUUUCUGUCCACUUCAAGCGCUGUUCUAAUUGCCAACGGCUGAUCUAGGCUCCUGAGGAGUGCGUCUUCUCAGAGGAAAUCUGUCCUGGAAAGGGCUCCCCGAAGUUCUAGUUGGCCUUGACCUGAUACUUGCAUUUUCUAGGCCACCUUUUGGGGUGGCUAAGAAUCAUGACAGAUCCUCUGCCAGUCUAGUCUCUCUAGGUCAGGUUUCUGAAAACUGGUAUUGGAUUUUAAUGAUAUGUGGCCCCUCUGUUUUAGUGAGUCAGGAAAGUGAAGCAAUUUACAAGUUAGCAAAGGGUUUUACUUUGUUUUCUUCACUUCUGAUUGGGUCAUAGCCUUGCUGAGUGAAAAACGGACUUGUUUCUGAUUGGGCACAAAGAACUGCAUUUCUUUGGACUUGUGAAUCCAUGUUCAUCUUCCUUUGGCCACGGAACCCCUUGGCCAGCUCUUUAGGGACUGGAUGGAGUGAAGGCCCUUUGGGGUCGUGGGGGUGCAGCUUUCCACUCACCCGAGGAUGGCCAUGGCUCUUGGGUUAGCAGUUACCUGGCUGUGGGCGUGGGAAGAAAUGGCCUUGAAUUACUGAUUGUAUUUGGUACACAUUGUGUGAUACUUGAAGAGAUAAAGGGACUCAGCAGCCCUUAAUUGAAAUCGAAGCUUUUUACCGCUCUCCCCGCCUGCCCUGGCUCCUUCCUUCUUCCUUGCAUUGUGAUGAUCUAGUGGGCAUGUCUGUCACCUGGACAAAUGCCUCCUAUAACCUCUUAAUAGUUGUGUAUAAUGAAAACUGUAAACUUUUUUAAAUAAAAUGUGUAUAUACCUUGAAAAAAAAAAAAGAAAGCCAUGGGCUAAGUCUGGACCUCGGUCCUUUCCAGCUUCAGUUUCUUAUUCAAAAUGUGUGAAAUAAUAUUUAUCUUAUAGUUAUAUGGCUUCUAAUACUGAGAGACAGACAAAGGCUGUGACUUUUAAUUAUUUUAAUUAAUUUUAUUUUUGAAUGCCAUAAUCUUUUCCUCAAAAAAAAAAACCACUUGCAAAUAAAUAAAGACAUUACCCACCCAAAUUAACAAGACUUCAGCUCUGCACAACUCAAUGAGCUUCAGUAUAGUUAGAACAGGCAUUCAGAACAUCAGCUGGAGAACUUCACAUUACAUUUUUACACUUUCAGUCUUGAAUAUAUUCUAUGCACUUAUCCACCACCAACCCCAAAAAUCCCAUGACAGAAUUAGAACAGAAACCAGUCAGUUGCUGUCCUCUUUCAUGACUUGUCUUCAUUCCCUGCACUCAGCCCUUCCUCAUCCCUGUAUUUAGCAUUUCUUGUUCUCCUUUCUUCACGUUAUACUGUAUACAAUUGUGCAUGUAUUUACACACAUACAUGAGAACAUUGUUUUCUCUUUCUGCGAUUGUGUGAUCUUGCAUAAUAUUAUAUAUCCUAAGUCCAUCCAUUUUCCUGAAAACUGCUUAACUGCAUUUUCUUUACAGCUGUGCAGUGUAUAAUAUUUCCCUUAUCCAUUCAUCUGUUGAUAAACAGCUAGAUUAAUUUCAGUUAUUUGCUUUAGUGAAGAAAGCAUCAGUGAACAGGAAGGUGCAAAUAUCUUUAUGAUGGGUAAGAAGUUCUCUGGAUGUAUGCCUAGGGGUAAAAGAGCUGGGUUAUAUGCUAACAUUGUUUUAAAUUUUUGAGGACCCUCCAAGUUAUCUCCACAAAGACUAUAUUAAUUUGUACCACAUUAUAUUGGUUACUUUUCUAUUGCUGUGAUCAAACACUAUGGCCAAAAGCAACUCAGGGAGAAAAGUUUAUUUCAUCUUUUAGCUUUUAGAUCAUUAUCCAAGGAAGUCAGGACAGGAACUCAAGGCAGGAACUUGGAGGCAGGAACUGAAGCAAAGGUGCUGAAUGCAUGCUAGUUACUGGCUUGUUCCUCACAGCUUGCUCAGCCUGCUUUCUUAUAGCACCCAGGAUCACCAGCCCCAAGGUGGCACCACCCUCCCACAUCAAUCAUUAAUCAAGAAAAUGUACCAGAGGCUUGUCCGCAGGACUGUGUGGUGGGGGCAUUUUCUCAACUGAGGUUCCCUCUUCUGAAAGGACUCUAACUUGCACCAAGCUGACAUAAAACUGGCCAACAGUAAGGGUUCCUCUCUCUCCACGUGUUCUCCAACAUUUACCAUCAGAUUUGUGGAUGAUAGCCAUUCUGGCUGGGGUGAGGUAAUGUCUAAAAGGAAUUUCAAUUUGCAUUUUCCUGAGGGCUAGGGAUAUUGAACACUUUUUAAAAUAGUUUUUUUUGUCUUGUUUUUGUUGUUUGUUUUUUGUUUUUUUUGCUAUUUGUGUUUCUUUUUUUGGUAACUCUCUAUUCGGUUCAUUUGCCUAUUUACUGACUGGCACUUUUAUUUCUUAGUAUUUCAUUUCUGCAAUUCUUUGUAAUUCCUGGAUGUUAGCCUCUUGUCUGAAGUGUAGCUGGUAAAGAUAGUCUCUCAUUCUGUGGGCUCUUUGUUGACUUUGCUGAUGGUUUGUGAUAUAGAGAUUUUGAUGUGGAGUGCAGUCUGAUAUUCUGAUCCACAUACAUAAUAAGAACAUUGUCUAAGAUGUUUGGCAUCCAUUUGUGUUGAGAGCAUGAAAGCAAUUCCCCUUUUAGCCAGUCUGGAGUAUACAAUUACUUACUGCAAUCAUGGUAUUGUGACCAUAUCUGGACCUCAUCCCUCCCAUCCAGUAGCAGUUUCCUGUCUGAUGACCAGUCUCUUUGGCCCAUUCUUCCCAGCUGUAGUGAUCAUUCUUCACUUCUUUGAGCUUAGUCGCUACAGUUUCUCACAUGCAUGAGGACAUGUAGCAUUUGUUUUCGUGUGUCUGGCUUAUUCUAUUGAAAUUAACACGUGUCUUGAGACUCGUUUGUGCUGUUCCUGAUUACAAGAUUUCAUCAUAUAUCCUUUACCCACUCACCCUCAGUGGGCAUCUACUAUACAUAGUGCUAUAGUAAAUAUGAGAAGGUGCCCACUACCCAGCCGGCUGUUGCCAAGUGAGAUUUUUGGCUCAGUGUAUUCAGUUUAGUUGUUUAAGAGAAGAAAGCUAGAUGUUUAUGCCAAAAUAUUGGUGCCUAGUAAACUAAAGCAAAGAUAUAUGCAGACAAACACAGGAAGGUGGAGCCACUAUUUCAGGUUCCCCUCUGCUGCUGCGGCUGCAAACCUCACGGAGUAUGGCUGUUAAGACUGCACGUGGAGGACACUUUUCGCUGCCGAAGGCAGAGAGUAAGUUUGUUUACUGUGGCAUCCUGAGAGGGUAGAAAUAUAUUUUCUUAUACACUAUACCCCAGUAAAUGGCCUUGGUUAAAAAAAAAUAAGGAAUGCCAACAACAGACCUAUGCCUCAAAGGGCAUCUGGGGCUGGGACACCAGUUUCUUUUACUUUGUCAUAAAAAUAUAUAGGCAGUUAAUAUUUUCUGUUACUUGUUUUCCAAAUUGAAGUUUUAGGAGAGGUUGGAGAUGAAAUAUUUUUUUCUUGAAUUACUAAAGAGUAAUAAUCCCUCUGAACAUAGCUUAUAUCAAACAUGUGCUCAUUAACUUAUGUUUGGAUGAUCUCCAUAUCUGAAUGUUCAGAACUUUAGGCACAGUGCUAUAUGGAAGUGAUUAAAUAUUCAAGAUGACUUCAAUUAUAGUGCCCCCAUACAUAACAAACAAACCAUUCAUCUUAACACACUUCAAGGGAUCUCUGUAUUUUAAAGGGAAGAGAGUCACCACCACAUGACGUCUUGGUUAAUACUGACCAUGCCCACGCAGCACAGACUCAGAAACAUCCUCAGUUGUUUAGAAGUAGUUUAGCUGCUUUAUGAUGGACACCAACAUAUCUCACGGCCAAACUUUGGGGCUUCCCACUUUUCUUUAAAUGACAACGUGUAAGCAAUGUAAUUUAUCUCAGGUCUUAAGUGCAAGAACAGAGAGCCAGACUUAGAGCAAGGUCACUAAUGCCCAUGAUGGAAGUCUGCUGUCCUUUCUGUGGCUAAUCUCUGCUUCGCUGUAACCUUUACACUCCGCCUCACUACUACAUCACUCUGUUUUAAUUAAAGUUAAUGGUUAGCAAGCACGUACCCAGCAGCCUGCCUCACACUCCUUUAUCAUCAGACUUGCCCACCCUUUGCCUCCAGCCAUCCCAGGGCACUUUGACGUUAAGUUCAGCCUCACAAUUAAGUAACUUGCCACCUUUGAGCCAGCAAUAAACAGCAGCUCCUGAUCUGCAGGGCUUAUGAGCAGAUGAGAAGUGGUGCUUGCGGUGAUUGCAUUCCUAAGCCCACAAUUAUCACAGUUCAGAACUAAUUUUUAGGCCUUAAAUAAAGCCCAAAGAAUCUACACAAAGCACUUCAUUUUUUUUUCUGGAAAGGUUAAAUUAAAAUUAAAGUGUUCACUGGAAAGUCAUCCUCUUUAAAAUGCACCUCCUAAGAACCACUUACCCAAGGAAGGAGCAGCUACUGUGAUUGGAAUUUUUCUGGUAUAAAUCCCUACUCGUUACAAUAGCAAUAGAGAGAUCACUCAUUUUUUUAAGUGCAGAAUUUUUUUUUUUUUUUUGGUUUUUCGAGACAGGGUUUCUCUGUGUAGCUUUGCGCCUUUCCUGGGACUCACUUGGUAGCCCAGGCUGGCCUCAAACUCACAGAGAUCCGCCUGGCUCUGCCUCCCAAGUGCUGGGAUUAAAGGCGUGUGCCACCACCACCCGGCUUAAGUGUAGUAUUUUUAAAACUCACUCUUCAAGGCAGUUCUUACAGGUUUAGAGAUUGUACACAUUUACACACGAUGGUAAUUUAUUAAGCAAAACAGGUGACUGGAGUGCAGGAGAGCGAAACAGACUGCACUCCACAGAGACCUAAAGCAGCAGGGAAUUAUAACCAGGGCAGCACCCAGGGUGUGCAAACUGUCUCCUGAAAAGAGCCCCGGUGCCUUUGCAGCUUGCUUUGGAACAUUGUGAGUGACAUCAGGUCAGGGUGGGAAGCAGAGAGAGGCCAUGGCGACAGCAACUGUGUUCUUACUACAUGAAGAGCUGUGAGGAGGGAGAGCCCAGAGAGGAACCUCCCCACUCAUCUCGGACAGCUCAGAUGUGUUGGGACUGCAGGGAAUUUCAAUUGAGAUUCCUGUUAAGUUCCAUAUGGCAGGAAUCUCACAAGUUGUUCUGUUGACCUUCAAGGCAGAAGAUGUAUUAAAUGAUUUUCCCCGGGAUCUGUCUAGAAUAAUGAGAGGUUAUGUAUGUGUAUAUAUAUACACAUGGAUCAGGUAAAAGCCAACAUGAACCGUGUAAGUAAAUAAACAUUUUUAAUAGCCAAAUUAAAGACUUGUAGAAAUUAAGUGAAAUAGUUGAUUUUCAUAAUGUAUUUUAUUUAACUCCAUCUGAUGCUAUAGAGACCCAGACCCAUUUCCCCUAAUCCUCACAUCAUGCUUUCAACACCACAUCUACAGGAUACUUCUCACCUCUUUAGUAGGUAGUCAGUCAGCUCUGGGAGGUGCUGUGGUUUGAGUAUGAGAUGUUCCCUUUGAGCUCAGUGGUUUGAACACUUGGUCCUGGCUGGUGGUGCUUCCUCUGUGAAGGUUGUUGAGAGCCUGGAGGACUUAUCAGAGGAAGUGCCUCACUGGAGAAGGCCUUGUGGUUUUACAGCCUAUCCCACUUCUUCACAGUCUGCCUCUUGACUGUGGAUGCAAGGUGACCAUCCAACCUCCUACUCACACUGCUCUGGCUUCCCCACCAAGCUGGGAUGUGUACCAUGAAACUGUAAGCGUAAGUAAAUCCUUCUUCACAUUGCUUCUCAUUGGGGAUUUUGUCUCAACAAUGAGGACAGUAAAAAAGACAAGAGAAGACCUUGGUUGUUCUAGAAUUCAAAUUGACCUGACACUAGCUAUCUGGAGGUGACAUCAGGUUGAAAUCCCAGACCCCCCAAGACUGACUUCUGUCUGGUACUAGCUACAAGCCCCAGGUUGUUUGUGUUGUCCUACUGACUCACAAGCUAUACGCUGGGAUUCUCUUGACCAUCACCUUACUUGUCUAUUAGAAAGGAUAUUGCAGAUGAUACAGAUGAAGAGCUGCCUCGGCCAUGACACAGGGGAAGAUCUGGAAAGAGAGGGAGAGGGGAAGUUUGAUACCCUGUCUGUGAGCUCCACCAAGGAAGCCUCAGGGGUUCAGUGAUCUGGAAGCUCUGAACCCUGCCUUUCUAGCAUUUUCUGAGGGCUUAUAUGGGUUUGAUUGAUCAGGUCAUUGGCUCUUGGUGAUCAAAUGAAGCUUCAGCUUCUGUCCCCUCCUCUAUGGAGGCUGAAAGUCUUUAACAUCUAAUCUUCCCUUAAUUGUUUUGGUAAAGAGACCCCAUUCUGCAGUUAUGUAGGGGCUGCCCAGAACUGGCCAACUUAUUAGAAAACAAAAGAUUAAUUCCAGAUAGUACAAACACUGUAGGAGUCACAAGAGUCCAAGAAACUGGAUGAAGACCAAAUAUAUCUUUCAUAAUAUAACAUUUAAUAUAUCUAACAUACUAUAAUUACAGCAUGGAAUCAAUAUUUGGAAACUGUAUUGUGUGCAUGUGUAUAUUUGGGUAAGCGUGUGUGUGUGUGUGUGUGUGUGUGUGUGUGUGUGUGUGUGUAGAGGACAGUAUACAACCUUGAGUAUUAUUCCUUCGGAACACCUUUGUUUUUGGCUUUUGUUUUUCUUUUGAGACAAGGUCUCUCACUGACCUGGAGUUCAUUGGCUGGCUGGCCAGUGAGCCCAAGGGUCUGCCUGUCUGGGCCAUCCCAAUCCUGGGAUUGUAAGUGUGUGCCGCUACAUCCAGCAUUUCUAUUUUAAUUUUCAAUGAUUCUGAGAUGCAAACUCAGUUCCUCAUGCUUGUAAAGCAGGCAUCUCACUAGCAAAGCUGUCUCUCCAGCUUCUAAAACCUAUUAAUGAGAUGUACUUUACACCGUUUUAUUUGCCAGUCUUUGAAAUCUGUGUCUAUUUUAUGCUCACAACAUGUCUGAAGAUAUGUUUUUGUAACUUCUAGGAAUCAAUAGACACAUGUGAUUCAUCCAAAUGUAUAGUGGGGGUGUGGGUGAGGUGAAGACAGACACACACACACACACACACACACACACACACACACACACACACACAGAGAGAGAGAGAGAGAGAGAGAGAGAGAGAGAGAGAGAGAGAGAAUGAAUUUCCUUCUGUGGUCGAGGCAUAAGUCAGAAUUCUCAAGUGAUACUCAAACCUCCUCCUCCAGUCACCAAUGCUAUGAGCCUUGCGAUGCACAAAUAGUUUUGGAAUGAAUCAUUUAUUUAUAUCGUAUGGAUACAGCUAUCACUAUUUGGUAAGGCAAAGAGUUGGUAUAAUGUAAAUAUAUCUUCUCUGCUUUUAGCACAAUAUUUGGCUUAAUGGAGGGAGUUAGGACAUGACUUCACAGGAGUGAAUUUUGUCUCCCAGGGUAGUUUGUAUUUCCUUGCAAGCCUGAGGUGAAAUCAUAAAUCCAAAUCAAUUCAGCUCUGGAAGUUACUUUUCUCUAACCGUUGGGGAUGGCUCAUGAGCACACUGCAAGAACUGUGGAGAUAUAAGAACUUUACUCAGGAAGCAACUGAAGAAUAGUAUAGUGAAGUGCACAGUAAAGGUGCAAAAAUCAUUUCUGGCAGUGCCAAAUGGACAGCCUGUAUCCUGAAUAAAGUUUGUGGAAAGUGCUAGUAAUGGUGAUUUGUAAUACGCAGAGACAAAGACUAAAGGCAAUCAAUUAUGUAUGGCCUGUUAUUACUUUGUAAAAGUGACUCCUGAAUUGUUUUAUUAUUUGAUAAUGUUUUUUCCAGGAAAGUAAGGUUUUCUCUGCUGCCAUUUUUCACUGCAAUAGAAGCAGCUAAGCUCCAAGCUGUGUUAGUAAGCACUGUAUUUCCAGCUCUGCCGUGAUUUCAUUGCAGACUGUGAUGAUAUAGUCAUAAAGUUACCCUGGGCACAUUGUCAGCUGAUUGUAGGCUGAAAGUAUUUUUUUAAUGUCACAUGAUAGGACUUAAUGCCUUUUGCAUUGUGGUUUGGGUUGUUCUAUCAGGAAAAUGAAUCUACUCAGAUGCUUGGAGUCACAGUUUUCUUCAUAGAAAUGCCAGAAAACACUGUUUGAACAUGUGGUUCAUUCCUCCAUUGUGUUUCCUUAUAGAGAAUCGAGGUUCCUGGGGGGCAUUUCUAGUAUAUUAAAGAAGCUGUCCUGCCUCCGGAGCUUUCACUUGACACAGAGAUCCAGGACUAGAGAAAACCAAGGAGACAAGCAGUCACCUGCAGUCUGCUGAGGCUUCCGAAGAUUCAUUCCUGGCUGCACUUUGCUGUGCUAUGGUUCUCCUCCUCCCAAGCAAAGCUCUCCUUCAUCUGUCCUGUAUUAGUGGCCUCCAUUGUGACUUACUGUAGGCAGAACCUUGGCUUCUGGACAGGGAGAGACAGCUUUGGAAAUGAACAGGUUCAUAAAGAGUCCUGGGGUUCAUGAAGUCAUCAUUUGGUUAUGUGUUUAGCUAAUUAUGAUCCCCUGAAUCAAGGCCUGUUAACAGGUAGAGCACUUAUGUGACUCGUCUCCAUGGGACAGGAAUCAAGGCCUGUUAACAGGUAGAGCACUUAUGUGAUUCACCCCCAUGGGACAGGAAUCAAGGCCUGUUAACAGGUAGAGCACUUAUGUGACUCGUCUCCAUGGGACAGGAAUCAAGGCCUGUUAACAGGUAGAGCACUUAUGUGACUCGUCUCCAUGGGACAGGAAUCAAGGCCUGUUAACAGGUAGAGCAUUUAUGUGACUCGUCUCCAUGGGACAGGAAUCAAGGCCUGUUAACAGGUAGAGCACUUAUGUGACUCGUCUCCAUGGGACAGGAAUCAAGGCCUGUUAACAGGUAGAGCAUUUAUGUGACUCGUCUCCAUGGGACAGGAAUCAAGGCCUGUUAACAGGUAGAGCACUUAUGUGACUCGUCUCCAUGGGACAGGAAUCAAGGCCUGUUAACAGGUAGAGCAUUUAUGUGAUUCACCCCCAUGGGACAGGAAUCAAGGCCUGUUAACAGGUAGAGCACUUAUGUGACUCGUCUCCAUGGGACAGGAAUCAAGGCCUGUUAACAGGUAGAGCAUUUAUGUGACUCGUCUCCAUGGGACAGGAAUCAAGGCCUGUUAACAGGUAGAGCACUUAUGUGAUUCACCCCCAUGGGACAGGAAUCAAGGCCUGUUAACAGGUAGAGCAUUUAUGUGACUCGUCUCCAUGGGACAGGAAUCAAGGCCUGUUAACAGGUAGAGCACUUAUGUGACUCGUCUCCAUGGGACAGGAAUCAAGGCCUGUUAACAGGUAGAGCACUUAUGUGAUUCACCCCCAUGGGACAGGAAUCAAGGCCUGUUAACAGGUAGAGCAUUUAUGUGACUCGUCUCCAUGGGACAGGAAUCAAGGCCUGUUAACAGGUAGAGCACUUAUGUGAUUCACCCCCAUGGGACAGGAAUCAAGGCCUGUUAACAGGUAGAGCAUUUAUGUGAUUCACCCCCAUGGGACAGGAAUCAAGGCCUGUUAACAGGUAGAGCACUUAUGUGACUCGUCCCCCUGAGGCUGUCAGUGAUGGAGGAAAACUGAAUGUUUAUCUAAUGUCCCCGCCCACCCCACCCCCUAGUGUUUCUCCACAACAGCUGCAUUUGUGCUUCAGAUUUUCAGUAGAAAAGUUGGGAUGGUCAUCCGGGCUUGGUGUGGAGUAUCAGGAGGGUAAUUUUCAUGCCUCAGAUAGACACCAUAGUGGAGGUAUUUUCAGAACACAGGUACUUAGUAUAUUUGUUUAGAGCUUUGGAGUAAGCCAGGAGAUCUAUUGUCCUGAACAGACUGUUUAGUUAGAAAAAAAAAACCAAAUACACAUAAUCAUCCAAGUGUCAGAAAAAUAAUCUGAAACUACAGUUUAGGAACAACAACAGCUUAUCAUGGUUGUAAAAAAUCUUAUGCUGCAAGGAUUUGAGGCUAGGUGCUCACCUUAUUCUGGGUUGUGUGUGGGUGUACCACUCCCACCCCCUAUACGAUGAAUUUCUAGACCAUGCUUCACAUAUAUAAAAAUUAUUUUCAAUUAAAUUCUCAAGUUCUGCUUCCCUGAGAGUUUUAAUCAUCAUGCUUUCAAAUGAACCAGUGGUUCAUAGGCAUCCAGAGAAGGAAGAGACCUAUCAGAUUAUCAAGUCCAUCCCAACAGAUAUCUAAGGAGUGUUCCCUGCAGUUCACUUUCAAUUGCUUUCUUCACGUCUCGUUUUAAAUGACUCCAGCAAUGGGACUCUUCACCAAUCUAAGAGGCCCAUGGGAGCCUUUGCUCAGCCUCAGAAUCCUCAUUUUCGAAAACAUACUCUGAUAUGAAGUCUUGUUACACCACUUGCCUCUCCCAAUGGGCCCUUUCUUCUUCCCUGCAUUUAUGCCCUUCAGCCCCUACUGACACCAGGGAAUGGCAAUAGCUUUCCUCAUCAAUUACUCUCUUCUUUCCCCUCAUUGCUUUUUAUUCUUUGUUAAUCUGAAGAUUCCCAUGCUUUUGUCUGCUUCUCUGGUUUAUGUCAUCAUAGUAACUGAAGGCUUUGACAAGCACACCAUUUCAUCAGAAGCCCUUGAAGGCUGCUGCUUGUCCUUAUGGCCUUCAGCUCCAAGACAGAAGAUUUUCUAUAAUCUUGAGCAUUCAAGACAUGAUCAAGUCUAUGAGUACCUGUGUAAUCACCUGCACUAGAUAAUCACUCAGUAUAUCUUUGGUGUCUGGGAGGUAAAUGUUACAUGAGGAAGAGUUGGCUGAAUGUCAUCAUACAUUCAGAGAUGUAAGAUAAGGAUAUUGUACAUAAACAAUUGUGCACAACUCCAACUUAAAGAAGAAAUAAAAGUGAAGACCCUGUGUGGGGUUGCCUGAAACUUUUCCCUCUUUUUAGAUCCCAAAUUUGAAGUCAUCGAAAAACCCCAGUCCUGAAGAAUAUUAUAAAAUUCAUCUGGUAAUUUGUCAUGAAUUAGUUGUACAACUAAUUAAAAAAAAUUCAAAUAAACAUUCAUUUCCCAGUUAUCAAAUGUCCUUUAAAUUCUUUGGUGAUGUGGAGUAUGUGUCUGGCAUUGACUUGUCUCUGGGUUGUUUCUAAAUCGUUUCAUUUUCUUAGAAUGAAGCAGAUGGAGAUUUUGGAUAAGUUGGAUAAAAUUGCCUUUUCCCUGCUAGACUCUUGCCAGUGUACAGUGCUGUCCUCUAAUAGUGGAGCCCAUCACCUAAGGGAAUGUGUGCUGUGAAGGGAAGGAUGUUGUAUUUGCCUUUUGGGUGGGGGACACAGUUUCUUUGUGUAACCCUGGCUGUCCUGGAUCUCACUUUGUAGACAAGGCUGGCCUCAAACUCACAUAGAUCUGCCUGCCUCUGCCUCCCGAGUGCUGAGAUUAAAGGCGUGCUCUGACAUAUAUUUACCUUCUUGAAGCAGUGGUUCUACAUCCUUGUCAUGGCUUUCUUACUAAACUCUGUAACUUAAUAUGCACAGAAAUAUCUGUUGUGUCUUAACCAUUGUCCACUCAUUUUUGCCUUCAGGUUAUGGUAUGUAUGGAUUCAGGAGCGAAGGUAGCUUGGAACUAAAGGUUCUCAAAGAUGUAACUGUAUGGAACGUUGUUGGCCCAGCCAUAAAAGAGGCAGCAGUUACUUCCUGGGGAUAUGUUGCCGAUCAGGAACUUUACAUCCAAGUUUCAGCAACUGUAGGUGGAGCUCCAGGAAGUUAGCCUUUUAAAGGGAAAUAGCCUCGUCAUCGUAUAUCUGACAGUGUCUCUGGCAUGCCAGGAUAUGGGUUUAUUAAACCUUUAACAACCUUGAGGGCAAAUUGGAGAAUAAGAUUCCUCAUAACUUU